UCCUUGUCUCCUACCUCCUUGUUCCCUGCACCCUUGCUUGCUGGGUGGAGGUCACGUGCUCGUGGUAUUUGCCGUUGUUUGCUCAUGGGCUCCCGCGUCCGAUGUUGAAGUCGUCACGCCCUUUCAGAGAGACGCCAACACUAAAACUUGUUGUCUUAUUCAUUUAUGGAUGUGCUUGCUCAGCAUAGCUAAUAAUCACGUUAUGGCUGAUGGAUUCCACGUUAUUCAUCAAUUAAGUGCCUCAUUUUUUUUUUUUUCAGAAUUAUUUGCAUUUUGCUACAUUUAACGUAAACCUGUAACGCCUGAACUUUGAAAUAAUUGCUAAUUGAGUUCAUUUGAAUUUGAAUUGAAAUUGAAUUAAGUUCCAAUGAUUCCAAACUGGAGCCAUAAUUGAUCCUCUUGAACCAAAACCAAAACAUCACAAAAAAAUCUAUUUCCAUACUAUAGUGGUACCUUGAUUUCAUUUUGUAUUCAUUCCUUCUGUGAUCAAGCUUAAUUUACUCGCAAAUCAAAUCAAUUUUCCCCGUUUUCGGUAGUUCAGCUACUUUCCCGGUCACGGCGAUAGCAAAGUAACGUUCCCCAGGAGCUGUAAACAUUGCAUGUGACGUCACAUCACGCAGCUUAUCUCAAGUCGGCGGCAAAACGUGCGCCGCGGAUUGUAAACAUGCGGACAAUAGGCCAAAGGUGCCUCAGCAAACGAAUGCUUCUUCUUCUCGUGCUCAUGGUCCACUUCCGGUUAAACGUUCCAGUUGGUACUGCGUAAACCUAAAAAGAAACUUCACACGGCCAGCUGCGUCCCGCAACUGAUGCAACGAUGGCCAGUUGAACUAGGCUAGUCGUUGCGACUUAAAUGUUCAAAAAGUCAGUCAGCACUCAGCAAGCAGGGAAAUAAAAGAAUAAAAAAGCAAAGCGUGUGUGCAGUGGCGGUCCGAGCUUGAAUGGCGCGGUGUGCGAGACCUCCCGCGGCUUUUAAAUAUUCUUUGUGCAGAGAGAAAAUCUUCAAAAUGAAUUGUUAUAUUGUUGUGGUCUAUUUACAUCAUUCAUUUAUAUUUCAUUUUUGCUCGGGGUUAAGUGGUCUUUUACUGUACACCUUUGAAAAUAAGGUGAGACAAAUGUCCUUUUAUAGAAUUGGGUCAAGUCAAGUCAAGUUUCUUUAUGACGAGCAUAUGUGCAAAUGUUAAUUAUCACAUUUUUUCGGAUCGAGAAUCGAAUCGCUCCCAUACUGAAUCGAAUCGUAUUCGAAUUUUUCCGCCCGUACAGAUAUCGUUUUUGAAUGGAAAUGCCACCUGUGUAUCUCGAUAUGUAUCGAUAUGAGAUUCCCAAGAUUCACUUGUGACUUGAUGUUGACGCACACAGCGUUUGUUUUUGUGUGUUGUUGUUGGUACGAACAACUUGACUGUGAGUGUGGUGUGCGUGUGCGCGUGUGUGCGAUGUUAAUGACUGGCGGCAGGUGAUCAGGCAGAUUACCAGGAAUUAAGCGAUCAGUUUAAUUGCUGCGCCGGACUCUGCUGCUCACUUGACGACGCCGCCCUAGUUGGAGCUUCUUUGCAGUAUGUUUACGUACUGUGCAUCCGGGGGCAACUACUGUCUAUGCAGUACGGCAUAUCAUGACAGGAUUAGCAACCGAAUCUUAAUAUUGGGAAGCAAAGGAGGGCAAAACUAGGAUUGCCGGAGACAGCGUCAGUGUGACGUGAUUGGCUGAUUUCAAGAGGCUUCAUUUUGUUUUGGAUUGUUUUGUGUGCAUUCAGGACCAUCAUGAGCCCGCACGGCGUCACUCGAGCCGUCCACCGGCUGGAGUUCUGCAACUGCAAGCGAGGACUCGGUGUCAAGAUCAUCGGCGGCUACAGAGAAAUGACGGGAGAAGACUUUGGCGUCUUCAUCAAGAGAGUCGUCGCCGGAGGACUGGCUGCGCUUGACGGUCGGCUUAAGUCAGGUGACCUGAUUGUGGACGUGAACAACAUCAGCCUGAGGGGCGUCACCAAUGAGAGGGCGGUGGAGCUCCUGAGGAUGGCAUCACUGUCCAAUCACAUGUCGCUGCUGGUUGCCAGGGACGACGACUCCAGGCGGGAGUUUUCCGAGCUGAUGGAGAAGUACGGCUCCGCUCCCUUGGCGGCGUCCGGCCGCAUUUCCCCGACUCAGCAGUCAGCAGGUGAAACCCGAGCGGAAGCGCAAGUGCGGACCUCCACACUUGUGACUCAAGCCCCGAUUUUGCGUCCGGACGCCGAGAGCCCCCAGCUGCUCGGCCCUAAAGAAGGGGUCCCCGUCUACGGCCGUGCGGCCACGCCGGCCUUCAGCGACAGCGUGAUCCAGUUGAUCUGCAUCGCCAAGGCCAGCGGCCUGGGCCUGGGCCUGGUCGUCAAGGGCGGGGCCAACCGCGCCCAAGGUCCCACGGUCUUCAUCCAGGACAUCGUGGCGGGAGGCGACUGCCAGAAGGACGGCAGGCUGCAGGUGGGAGACCAGCUGGUGUCCAUCAACAAGGAAUCUCUCAUCGGCGUGACGUACGAGGAGGCCAAGACCAUCCUGACACGCACCAAACUCAGACCGGAUCCCACCGUGGAAGUGGCCUUCAUCCGGCGUCGGACUUCGUCCGGCUCCAGCGGCGGUCCUCACAGUCCCGUCGACGGGGGGGCCCGGGGCGAGCCCCCUCCGCCGCCGGUCCUGGUCACCGAGCUCGCCUCCAGCCGGAUCCCGGCCAGCGAGACGCUGCCGGCCGUCGACGUCAGCCAGGUGAGUCCAGUCUUUAGCCACCAGCGCGCGUGUGUUUCCUCCUCACCUGACGCCGACACAGAUGGCGGCAGCUGUCGUCUCAAACUGGAGCAAGUGGAAAAGGCUCUGGACCUGCUGGGCCUGAAGCCGUCAGAUGCUCGGCGCCGGACGUUCCGGUCCCGACUGCAAGCCGACCCGGCCGGGACCGUGGCCUGCUCGGAUUUGGAGAGCGCCAGCAGGGAGGCGUUCGGGCCUCGGCCGGACCAGCGGAGGUUCACGUGCGAGGACCCGUCCAGCCUGCUGGAGGUGCCCGUUGGCCGCCGGUCAACGUCCGGUUGUGACGACGUGGACGACGAGAUGGAGCGCCUGAGGAAGGAGAACGUGGAGGCUCUGAGGGAGAUCAAGAGGCUGCAGGAUCAACUGUCGGAGUCUCGCAGGGUUCAGCAGCAGAUGGAGGAGGAGCUGGACAACGUCAAACUGGAAGCCAAGGCGGCCGCGGAGGAGACGCGGGCCAUGCGGGCGCGGGUCCUGCUUGUCGAGGAGGCCCAGAAGCAAGCCCGCGGGAUGGAGAUGGACUACGAGGAGGUGGUCCACCUGCUGGAGGCCGAGAUCGCCGAGCUGAAGACUCACAGAGCCAAACAGCCUCUUCAUCCUCCUCCUCCUCCUCUUCUGGACAAUAAGGAGGACAGCGAACGGCUGAAGAAGAAAGCGGCUGUGCUGGAAUGUCAGCUGAGAAAGAGCGACGCCGCCAAGAAAACUUUGGAGAUGUCGACUGCAAAACUGCUGGCGUUUGUCCAGAAUGUUGAAGAGUUUCUGCUUGAAGGACUCGGGCCCACCAAGAGCUUCAGCGGCGUGGACGCUGAGGGGGUCUCUCGAGGCGGACCCUCGCGACACAAGAAGAGCUCGUGGACGGCGGCGGCGCUGGCGAAACAAGCCAACGAGCUGAGCGCCAGCGUCAGGAACGUCCUGGAAGUGGACGUAACCUUUAGUAACUUUAAGGCUAAGACUCGAAACUUGUGACUCAUCGCACCUCUUGCUGUUUCUCUGGAGCCCCGCAUGCGCCUCCUAGUGGCCGCCUGUUGUGAGUGACUGUCCUCCAUGUUUCAGCGCUGACCUUCUAGCGGACGCCCUCGAGCAGGACGUGGACCGCCUGGGCCGCGUUCUCUCGCAUCUUCUCCGUCGACGCUAAGUGUGCCCGCCAACCUGCAUGCGCUAGCAAAGCUCAUCCGUGUGUGUGCUCCGCACAGCUAGCGGUGUCCAAGCCAAACGUUUUCCACUAGCUGAAGAUAUACAGUGGUACCCUGAUUUACAUUUGUUUUUGUUUUUAAUUCCGUGACCACGCUUGCAACUCAAAUCAUCUUUCCCUAUUGAAAUGAACGGAAAUACUAUUAAUCUGUUCCAGCCCCCCAAAAAACAAAAACGUGUGUGUGUGUGUGUGUGUGUGUGUUUUUGUGUGUUUUAAUAAGAAAAUAGUCCUAUACCGUAUCGUACUUUAUUUAAAAAAAAAAAAAGUAUGGUAAUAACUUAAACAGUAUGUAAAAAUUGAAACGAAUGGAAAUGCGAUUCCAACCCCAGAAUGGCAUUAUAUUUACCUUAUUUUUAUUUACGUGUAGUUCAAAAUAACCACUACGGAGCAUAGAAAUAAGGGAAAACACACUUUAUUUGGAAGAAAGAGCAAAUCACUGUACAACAGCUUACAUUGCCUUCAAUUGCGCUUAUGUUCACCAUGGCCGCCACAUCCCACAAUGCAACGCGUUGUCCGUGAACCCAAUUGUUCGUGAGGCCGCAUUCAACUGUGUACUGUUACAAUCCUGAAAAGGUGCGCCACAACCACAACACACACACACACACAUGAAUGCUCUUCGUGUGUGUCUGUGUGUGUUUGGUAACGGUACAAGAUGAUGAUGAUGAUGAUGAUGAUGAUGUACAAAGGAGAUCUCGACAAAGGUCUUUUGAGCCGCGAUGUCGACCACUUGCAAGCUUACAGCACAAGGUCACUCUUACCUAAUGAACUCACGGGUGCACACACGCGGGCAUGAGGAUGAAGGUGGUGAUGAUGAUGGUCGGAUGUAAUGAAAAGAGGCGCAGGAAGAAAGUAGGUCAUCUGGAUGCAGGCGUUUUCCUUCCAGUCACCUCCAUCUGCUUUUCAUCACCUCAUCACCUGUUGCUAGGAUACCAAAAGCUGCUUGGCCUCGCGCGCGCACACACACACGUAUCUAAAGAUGGAGGAGACAUAAGUGAGGAUGUGCUUUUUGUUUUUCUACGAGAAGCUACUUGUGUUGAAAGUUGUUUUGUAAAUAGGAUGUUUGUCUUGGUCAUGCCCAAAUUUGUCAAUAAAGUUUGUUUCCUUGUCUGA